UGUCACUAAUAACAUUUGUGCUGAUAGGAGUUCUCAUCUUGUCAGAAAUCAGAUACUAUGCAGACACAGAGCUCCAGUUUGAGUACCUGGUUGACACCAACAUCACUGGAAAAAUCAAGCUCAACAUUGAUAUGACAAUAGCCAUGAAAUGUCAUCAUAUUGGUGCUGAUGUCCUAGACCAGACCGGACAAGAUGUGUUCAGUUUUGGGCAGCUUCAAGAAGAGCCAGUGUUCUGGGAGUUGAAUCCAGAUGAGGAGGAAUACCGUAAUAUGUUUCGAGAACACAAUGAGUAUCUGACCAAACAGUAUCACGCUUUGCAGGAUAUUUUGUGGAAAUCGAAAGAUAUACAGUUAAAAGCGAAGUUUCCAAAAAGGAAGGCCCACAGUUCCAAGAAAGAGCCAGAUUCUUGCAACAUCUAUGGUUCAUUUGAGUUAAAUAAAGUGGCUGGAAACUUUCACAUCACAGCAGGAAAGUCUAUACCAGUGAUUCCCAAAGGCCAUGCCCACCUGGCUAUGAUGAUGGAUGUAUCAGAUUACAACUUUAGCCAUAGAAUUGACCAUUUUUCCAUUGGAGAUGAGGCACGGGGUAUUAUUUAUCCUCUAGAUGGUACAGAAAUUGUCACUGCGUAUAGCCACCAUUCGUUCCAGUAUUUUAUGCAGAUAGUCCCAACUGAAAUAAGAACAUACAGCACAAAUAUGAACACAUAUCAGUUUGCGGUCACAGAAAAG